UUUUUUUUUGAUUACAAAUUGUGAGAAUUUUCAGACAUGCUGACUAAAUUUGAGACGAAAACUGCUCGUGUGAAAGGCUUGUCAUUUCAUCCAAAACGUCCGUGGGUGCUUGCUAGUCUGCAUAGCGGAGUGGUUCAAUUAUGGGACUUCCGGAUGUGCACGCUUCUAGAUAAAUUCGAUGAACAUGACGGACCGGUGCGUGGAAUUGAUUUCCAUGUUCAACAACCGCUUUUCGUAUCUGGUGGAGACGACUAUAAAAUCAAGGUUUGGAACUACAAGCAAAAGAGAUGUCUCUUCACUCUAUUGGGUCAUCUUGACUACAUUAGGACUACUUUCUUCCAUCACGAGUACCCUUGGAUUCUAAGUUGUUCUGAUGACCAAACUAUAAGGAUUUGGAACUGGCAGAGCCGAUCUUGUGUGAGCGUUCUGACUGGACAUAACCAUUACGUAAUGUGUGCCAACUUUCAUCCUACCGAAGACUUGGUGGUGUCUGCGUCUCUUGAUCAGACAGUUCGUGUGUGGGAUAUAGCUGGGUUGCGCAAGAAGAACGUCUCUCCGGGUGCCAGUGUUGCCAUGGAUCCCCAUAGGGCCUCUGCCGGUUCGGUGGAUCUGUUCGGUACUGCCGAUGCUGUUGUUAAACACGUUCUGGAGGGACAUGACCGCGGUGUAAACUGGGUUGCAUUUCACCCGACGCUUCCAUUGAUAAUAAGCGCAGCCGACGACCGAAUGGUGAAGAUCUGGCGGAUGAACGAGUCGAAGGCAUGGGAGGUGGACACUUGCCGAGGGCAUUAUAAUAAUGUAUGCUGCGCUCUCUUUCACCCUAUGUUGGAAACCAUCAUUACUUGCAGCGAAGAUAAAUCAAUCCGAAUCUGGGAUAUGAACAAGAGAACUUGUCUGCAGACAUUCCGACGAGAUCAUGAUCGGUUCUGGGUUGUGACUGCCCACCCAACGCUGAACAUAUUCGCGGCUGGACAUGACGGAGGAUUAGUUGUGUUCAAACUGGAACGGGAGAGACCUGCGUUUGCGGUGAGUCACGGAGAUAACCAGCUCUAUUAUGUCAAGGACAAGUACAUCAGAAUGCUGGACUUCGCAACUAAUCGAGACAACCCGGCUCUACAAAUCAGAGCGAGCAAAUACAAUCCGUUUUCGCUCUCCUACAAUGCCUCGGAGAGGGCGUGUCUGAUCGUGACUAGAAUAGCCUCCAAUCUGGACAACAGCAUCUACGAAUUGUACCACCUACCAAGAGAGAUCGAUUCAUCAAAUCAGCCUGACUCUACUGAUGGGAAGAGGUCGGCAGGCAUCGCAGCUGUCUGGGUUGCAAGAAAUAGAUUCGCAGUUCUCGAUAAGAGCAACACGAUUCAAAUCAAGAACUUGAAGAACGAGAUUAUGAAGAAGAUCACGGUUCCCAACGUAACUGACAUUUUCUACGCUGGAACUGGAAUGUUGCUCUUGAAAGAACUGGAUCAAGUGACUCUUUACGAUGUCCAACAACGUCGACCUCUCGCAGCCGUGAAAAUGGCCAAAGUAAAGUAUGCGAUUUGGUCAACUGACAUGAGCUACUUGGCUUUGUUCAGCAAAAACAUGAUAACAAUCGUGAACAAAAAAAUGGAGAUCAUGUGUCAAGUGAACGAAAGUAUCCGAGUAAAGUCGGGAAUCUGGGACGAAAGUGGAGUGUUUAUAUACACGACUAGCAACCAUAUUAAGUACACCUUAAUCAAUGGAGAUCACGGAAUCAUCAGGACUCUGGAUCUGCCAGUUUAUUUGACCAAGAUCAAAGGAAAUAGUGUGUUUUGUCUGGACAGGGAGCAGCGGCCAAGGAUUCUGACCAUUGACCCAACUGAGUUCAAGUUCAAACUCGCAUUGGUGAACAGAAGAUACGACGAAGUCCUUCAUAUGGUGAGAACGUGUAAGUUGGUGGGCCAGUCAAUCAUCAGCUAUCUGCAGAAGAAGGGAUACCCAGAAGUGGCUCUCCACUUUGUCAAGGACAACAGGACUCGAUUUGCACUCGCAAUUGAGUCUGGAAAUCUGGAGAUUGCUCUGGAUGCAGCCAAGCAGCUCGAAGAGAAGGCGUGCUGGGAGAAACUGGCCGAGAUCGGACUGCUCCAGGGCAACCACCAAAUAGUGGAGAUGGCCUACCAGAGGACGAAGAACUACGAGAAACUCAACUUCCUAUAUCUUAUCACUGGGAACAUAGAGAAGCUGCAGAAGAUGAUGAAGAUAGCGGAGAUCAGGAAGGACAGCAGUGGACACUACCUGUCUGCACUUAUUCUCGGCGAUGUGAAGGAGAGAGUCAAAGUUCUCAAGAACUCAAACCAAAAAUCGCUGGCCUACUUGACUGCGGUGACUCACGGCCUAGAAGAGGAAGCAGAGUUCAUCAAGAACACCAUGUUCGCCGAGGGAGAGAAGCUACCCGAACCACACCCGGCAGCCAUGUGGCUCCAACCCCCUCCCCCCAUCCAGCUGCAGGAGCAAAAUUGGCCUCUGCUCAGUGUCGCUUCUGGCUUCUUCGACAAGGCUCCGGUUGGAUCCCUGGGUAUGGGCACUGGACAUACUAUGGGAGCGGCAGCUGUGGGGGGCAGUGAGUUGCUGGCAGGCGCUGAAGAAGUGGAAGGGGGUGCUUGGGGCGAAGAUGCAGACCUGGUGCUGGAUGACGACUUUGGAACCUCAGGAGACGCCAGAGGCGAUGAAGAAGAUGCGCGACAGGGUCGCAAAGGUAGAGAAAGCGAGGGUCCCGGUUGGGAUGUGGAUGACGAUAUUGAUCUGGCAGAUAUCGACUUGCCAGCGGGAGCAGAACUGGAAGCUGCCGGAGAUGGAGAGGGCUAUUAUGUCGCUCCCACCAAAGCACCCUCAGUUGCUCAGUCCUGGAGCAAUAAUUCCCAACUGGCUGUUGAUCACGUGUUAGCCGGAGCAUUCGAAUCAGCUAUGCGGCUGAUGAGCGACCAACUUGGAAUCGCUGACUUCACCGCGUACAAGACACACUUCAUGAGUACCUACCAGAGAUCUCGUAUGAUGCUCCCAACCACCCAUGGAGUUCCCGCCAACUACACCUACCCUCUGAGGAACUGGCGGGAUCCAAUUGGAGGUAAAACGCCUUCUCUGCCGGCUGUGGGAGUGACCCUGGAUCAGGUUAAGGCGAUUCUAGUGGCGGCGAAGCAGUCGACGACCGGGGGCAAGUUUGACGAAGCAAUCGAGAGGUUCCGAGAUGGUUUGUUGUGGAUUCCGAUGUUGAACGUGGAUCGAAGACAAGAAGUAGAAGAGGCGCAGAAGUUGAUCGAGAUCUGUCGGGAGUAUCUGAUUGGACUGACGAUGGAGGCCAAGAGAAAGGCACUUCCCAAGGAGGGUCUGGAGGACAUGAAAAGAAGCUGCGAAAUGGCGGCCUAUUUCUCCCAUUGCAAACUAGACGUGAACCACCAGAUACUGACUCUGCAGACGGCUCUCAAUCUGUCAUUCAAACUGAAAAAUAAGAAGAUGGCCGCUUCAUUUGCAAAAAGACUCCUAGACUUGGGACCCAGGCCAGAGCUGGCCACCAAGACCCGUAAGAUUCUUAUGGCGUGUGAACAAGACAUGACAGAUGCGCACCAGCUAGACUAUGAUCAGUUCAACCCUUUCGACAUUUGUCCUGCCACAUUCAAACCCAUCUACAAAGGCAGGCCGGUGUCGAAGUGCGGACUCUGUGGGGCCGGGUACAGUCCACAGAUGAAAGGUCAACUGUGCAAACUGGACAAAUGUGCAGCCAUAGAUGUGGACGCAACUGGACUUAAAAUCAUGAACAGCUCUCGUUAAUCAUCCACCUUACUUUAAAGUAAAAAAUGUGAACAAUUAAAAAAGGAAACACUGGACUGUAAAUACUGACUACGAGUUUAAUUACUCUUGGGAUAGUUAUAUGGUUUAUAACGAAACGAUCAUGAAAAAGUGCGAUAAGUUGUUAUAGACUUGAAAAAUAAAUGUGAUAAAUACUAUAGAUUUAUUGAUGUUUAUGAAGUUUCAAAUUAAUUGCCUUGUAUUUAACAUCUUAUUGUUAAAAGCGUUCGGCGUCGAAGUAAUUGAGAGGAAAGUUGAAUAAUUUCUGUAAAUGUUUCAUGAACUUUUUCGUCAGUUUUUGGUGUAUGAUAUGAUGAUACAUAGCCUAUUUGGUGUCAGUUAUUUUAAUAUCGUUAAAGUAAAUAUCAAAUUCACCCUGUAAAAAUACAUUUAAAAUCAUGGUGGCUGCAAAAUUUAAAUUUAUUCCAUGGA